CCGUGUGGCAAUCAAAAAAUUGAAACGCAAUGUAUCGCUAAAAAAAAACACUGUACUUUUUGUUGGCUUCGUUUUUGGACUGUAACAAAGACAGUUGGAUUUGGUGUUCAUCUCCGGAGAUCAGAGUCGCAGAGGUAGCUAGAGAGUCAAAACCAAAGAUGCUACAGUGCAUAUUUUUGGUUUCAGAUUGCGGGGAGGUCAUACUAGAGAAGCAGCUCACUGGCCAUCGAGUCGACAGAUCAAUCUGUGAUUGGUUCUGGAAUCAAGAUCACUCCUUUAAGCAACAAUCGGUGAUUGCUUCGCCAACUCAUUACUUGUUUCAAAUAGUUCGUAAUGGGAUUACUUUUUUAGCCUGUACCCAAGUUGAAAUGCCACCUCUAAUGGCCAUUGAGUUCCUUUGCAGAGUGCAUACUGUUUUAUCGGAUUACCUUGAAGGGUUGAAUGAAGAUCUAAUCAAGGAUAAUUUUGUCAUUGUCUAUGAGCUUUUGGAUGAGAUGAUAGACAACGGCUUCCCUCUUACCACAGAACCUAACAUUUUGAGAGAGAUGAUAGCUCCACCAAAUAUUGUUAGCAAAAUGCUCAGUGUUGUGACGGGUAACAGCUCAAAUGUGAGUGACACGCUUCCAAGUUCGACAGCUUCAUGUGUUCCAUGGAGAACAACAGAUGUAAAAUAUGCUAGCAAUGAAGUUUAUGUUGAUCUUGUUGAAGAAAUGGAUGCAAUUGUAAACAGGGAUGGAGUCUUGGUGAAAUGUGAAGUAUAUGGUGAAGUUCAAGUGAACUCACAUAUCACAGGUGUCCCAGAUUUGACUCUUUUAUUUACAAACCCAUCUAUACUUGAUGAUGUGAGAUUUCAUCCCUGUGUCCGAUUUCGACCUUGGGAGUCCCAUCAUAUCCUGUCAUUUGUACCUCCUGACGGACUGUUUAAGCUCAUGAGUUACAGGGUUAAAAAGUUGAAAAGUGUUCCGAUAUAUGUAAAGCCACAACUAACAUCUGAUGCUGGGAAAUGCCGCAUCAAUCUGAUGGUCGGGAUAAAACAUGACCCCGGAAAGAUGAUCGACUCAAUCAAUGUGCAAUUCCAACUGCCUCCUUGCGUUUUAUCAGCUGAUCUGACUUCCAAUCAUGGAGUAGUGAAUAUCUUAUCUAAUAAGAUGUGUGUUUGGUCAAUUGAUCGAAUACCUAAAGAUAAAACUCCCGCAUUGUCUGGGUCCUUAGUGCUUGAAGCAGGAUUAGAGCGCCUUCAUGUAUUCCCCAUAUUUCAAGUAAGUUUUAGAAUUCAAGGAGUUGCUCUCUCAGGGCUGCAAAUAGAUAAAUUAGAUCUAAAGGUUGUACCUAAUCGUCUUUAUAAAGGUUUUCGAGCUUUAACACGAGCUGGACUGUUUGAAGUUAGGUCGUAGUUCAAUUUUUGUCUCUAUGUGAAUUUUCAAAUUGCUUAGAAAUGAAUGUGUUGAUUUCUUGUAUCACAAUAUGUAUGCUAGUUGAAUCUGUGAACAUGAUCGGUUAUUUUUGAGUUUACAAUCUAAAAUUGUGUACAUUCCUCAUAACAUAAUUGGAAUUAUAUUCAUGUUA